AAACCUCCAGAAAAGAAAUGGAGACGGCCAGAGAGUCGUUACGAUCACCGAUUCCUAAAUUGCUGAAUGUUGUGAGCUGUUGUCCAACCAAAAUCCGUUAAAAUUUUCAUCACCAUCACUUUUUCGCCGUUAGCUCUCCGUUUGAUUGCAGUUUAAAGGCUGGAAGCCCAACGACCUCAUACGAAAAAACAACAGAAGCGAAGCGAAGCGAACAGAAGACAUCAAAUGUAAAUGUUGAUGGCGGAUUUACAGAGGUGCAGAACGAAUAGGGUUUGAAAAUCGGCGAUGGAGGAUAAGAAGAAGAAGGACGGGAAAAUUUUCCUGCUCGGCCGAUACGAGGUGGGAAAGCUUCUCGGCCAUGGAACCUUCGCCAAAGUAUAUCAUGCUAGGAACGUGAAAACAGGGCAAAGCGUGGCGAUCAAAGUUCUCGACAAGGAGAAGAUCCUAAAGGGAGGAUUGAUGGGUCACAUCAAGCGGGAGAUUUCGAUCUUACGGCGCGUCAGGCACCCCUACAUCGUUCAGCUUUAUGAAGUCAUGGCGACCAAGACGAAGAUCUAUUUCGUCAUGGAGUUCGUUAAGGGAGGUGAGCUAUUCAAAAAGGUCGCGAAGGGGAGAUUGAAAGAGGAAGUUGCCCGGAAGUAUUUCCAGCAAUUGAUCUCCGCUGUCGGGUUCUGUCACGCCAGAGGGGUUUUUCACCGGGAUCUCAAGCCAGAAAACCUGUUAUUGGACGAGAACGGCGACCUCAAGGUAUCUGAUUUCGGCCUGAGCGCCGUCUCCGAUCAGAUGAGCCACGAUGGAUUGUUUCACACCUUCUGUGGAACGCCUGCAUACGUUGCUCCUGAAGUUCUAGCUCGAAAGGGAUACGAUGGGUCCAAGGUCGAUAUCUGGUCUUGUGGAGUAAUUUUAUUUGUGUUGAUGGCUGGGUGUCUUCCCUUCCACGAUCAGAACAUCAUGGCUAUGUACAAGAAGAUUUACAGAGGCGAGUUUCGGUGCCCUCGCUGGUUCAACCAUGAGCUUACUCAUCUCCUCACCCGUCUCCUUGACAGAAACCCCGUAACCAGAAUCACUAUUCCGGAGAUUAUGGAGAAUCACUGGUUCAAGAAAGAAUUUAAACACAUUAAAUUUUACAUCGAGAAUGAUCGCUUCUUCAGCGUCGAUGACGAUGAUAUUGAAUCCUUGUCUGACAAAUCGUUAUCGGAAACAGAGUCCGAGCCGGAGAUCCAGAGACGAUCUGUCCCGGGAUUACCGAGACCGGCGAGCUUGAAUGCAUUUGACAUCAUUUCCUCUUCAUCGGGGUUCAACCUCUCCGGUUUGUUCGAAGAAAGGGGAGCGGAAGCAAGGUUCAUAUCCGGCGCCCCGGCAUCGAAUAUAAUAUCUAAAUUGGAGGAGAUUGCUAAGUUGGUUAGCUUCACAGUGAGAAAGAAGGAUUGUCAGGUUAGUUUAGAAGGGUCGAGAGAAGGUUCCAAGGGGCCAUUGACGAUAGCAGCGGAGGUUUUCGAAUUGACACCGUCGUUGAGGGUUCUCGAAGUGAAGAAGCAGGCAGGAGACAGAGGAGACUACGAGGAGUUCUGUAACAGAGAGUUGAGACCUGGGUUGCAGAACCUUGUGCCGGAUGAUUCUCCUGUUUCACGGUAUAUUCCUCCAGAUGCAUAAAACGAAUAGAGAAACCGAAACAAAGAGAAAGAACAGUAUUUUGUUUUCGUUUAAAUUUAUUUUCACCCAUUUUGUUGUUGUUUCUUCAUUUUUCCUUUGUUGAGCUUGAGCCUUGAGCCUUCUCUUCUCUCUUCUGUAAUCAUACGAUUCUAAUAUAACUUUCUUCCUCAAUAAAUUUUUGUUUUUGUCA